AAGAGAAGAAGAAGAAGAAGAAGAAGAAGAAGAAGAAGGAUUUGAUUCGGUGGGAGUGUCUCUUUCCUUGCAAUAAUAAUAAUAAUAAUAAUGUCUCAUUUCUUCGUAGGAUCUGUUGUGUGCGUGUGUGUGUCGUCUCAAAACCUCGGCAGUGGCGCAGAGAGUAGAGUGUGGUGAGUAUUGGAUCGAAAUCCCAAAUUGGAAGCAAAGAAAACAGAAGAGAAAAAAAAAAGCGCAGAAAUUUCCAAAACAAGAGAGAGAAGAGAGAUCAGAUUGGGAUGGGAAUAAAUGGAAUUUGUGAGAUUUUGGGGAUGAAUAUUGACGAAUGAUGAAAUGAGGAUGGGAUUGGGAUUGGGAGCAGUGAUGGUAAGCGUGAAUGGGAAGCAGCUGUGGUCGUGGAGGGUUGGGUGCGGAGUAAUGCUGUUCGUGUUGGGUUUGGUCUCGCUCUUCACCGGUCACAUUGCUUCUCAUCUCGAAUACUGGUAUUCUCAUCAUCCCUUCGUCGUCAACCGCUCCUCUCUCUACUCCAAACUGCAUUUCGGAGAUCGUCCUUCCCCCAUUGAUAUUUGGAAGUCCAAAUACUCCAACCAUUUCUACGCUUGCAGUCAGAAAAGCCCUCAUUUUCCUCCGGCUACCCGCGAGCGAUUCUCCAAUGGCUACUUACUGAUUGCGACUAGUGGAGGCCUCAACCAACAACGAACUGGAAUAACUGAUGCUGUAGUCGUUGCUCGAAUUCUUAACGCUACAUUAGUUGUGCCUGAAUUAGAUCAUCAUUCCUUUUGGAAGGACGACAGCAACUUUGUUGACAUUUUUGAUGUCAAUUGGUUCAUUUCUUCCCUCGCAAAGGACAUCACCAUCGUCAAGCGAGUCCCCGACAAAGUCAUGCGUUCCAUGGAUAAACCUCCCUAUACCAUGCGCGUUCCCAGGAAAUCAGCCCCUGAUUACUAUCUUGAUCAAGUCCUGCCAAUACUCUCCAGGAGACGUGUUUUGCAGUUGACAAAGUUUGAUUACAGACUUGCAAAUGACCUUGACGAAGACCUGCAGAAGUUGCGUUGUCGCGUUAAUUACCAUGCUUUAAGAUUUACAAAACCUAUACAAGAGCGUGGUCACAAACUUGUCCUGAGAAUGCGAAAGAUGGCCACUCGUUUCAUUGCGGUUCACUUAAGGUUUGAACCCGAUAUGCUUGCGUUUUCUGGGUGUUAUUAUGGCGGGGGCGAAAAAGAGAGAUACGAACUUGGAGAAAUAAGAAAACGCUGGGCCACAUUACCCGAUUUAAGCCCUGAUGGAGAGCGAAAACGAGGAAAAUGUCCACUCACCCCUCAUGAAGUGGGUUUGAUGCUGCGAGCUCUUGGUUUUGCAAAUGACACAUUUCUCUAUGUUGCUUCUGGUGAAAUAUAUGGCGGGGAAGAAACUUUACGCCCUCUAAGGGAACUCUUUCCGAACUUUUACACUAAGGAAAUGCUUGCAAAUGAAGAGCUUAAACCAUUUCUUCCAUAUUCUUCACGACUAGCUGCCAUUGACUACAUUGUCUGUGAUGAAAGUGAUGUAUUUGUCACUAAUAAUAAUGGAAACAUGGCCAAAAUUCUGGCAGGUCGAAGGAGGUAUAUGGGUCAUAAGAGGACCAUCAGGCCUAAUGCAAAGAGGCUUAGUGCUUUAUUCAUGGCUAGGGAUCAGAUGGAUUGGGAUACUUUCUCGAAAAAGGUAAAAUCAUGCCAGAGAGGAUUCAUGGGUGAACCAGACGAUAUGCGACCUGGGCGGGGUGAAUUUCAUGAAUAUCCACACUCUUGUAUCUGCGAGAAACCAUUUAGGGAUUUGGAGGACAGUGAUCGUGCAGAUAACUCAGAACACAUUGCAAUGGACUUGACAAAGAAAUCUCAAAACAAGUAUAGUGAAGAUGAAGUCAAGGUGAGAAGUGGUUGAUGAUGCCAAAAAAGUGUCAUGGGGUUUCUAAAAGAGACGGUCAGGAGAUUAUUCUUUUUUGGCUCUGCAUAAGGGAUCGUGGAAUGGUGGUUGUUAGAAAAUUAUCUAUAGAUUGAUUGGACAUGGUAGUGACUUGUCGGUUGCACGUUUAGUUUUGCAAUCCUCUAUACGAGCUCAAAAUUUUAUACAAGCUCGACAUUUGAAAGCGGUUUAUUGCUUUUGAUUUAGUUGCUGAACAACAGAAUUGGACCUUGUAAAGGAGAAGGACUUUUACCGAGCUGCAAUUGUCCAUAAGUAGUUUUUUUUUUUUUUUUUUUAAAAAACUAGAUAAAUAGGUGUGUAGGAUGGAAGAAACUCAUCUUGGUGCUUGUAAG